GCUUGGGUUCGCGACUUGGUGAGGCAGUCAACGGCGACAUGGCAAAUCGUCGUCACGCACUUUCCCUGUGGCCAUGAACAGGGGUUCUACAGAUCGCUACGUGCGAAGGGAUUAGAUCUCCUCAUCACAGGCCACCGGCACGAUCAGGAGUUGUGGACACCCGAUCAGCACUGGAAGAACCACAUGGGCAUGACCUGCAUUGUCACCGGUGGAGGAGGAGGGAUCACGUCAGAAGCCACUCCGAAUCCGAACAACACCGUGGAUUGGUACGGCGAAGCGCAGUAUGGGUUCUAUGACCUGACAAUCAGUAAGACGCAGAUCCUCGUCGAGUCGAUCAACUACGAUGGCACACUCCUGCUGACCCACACCGUAUACCCCAAAAACUAG